AAUAGGAAAUCAAGAGUACUUGCGGAAAACAUGAUAACCUACGGAGUAAACGUUAUUUACGUCCAGUGGCGAAAGCUAGAUGCAAAAUUAAACUGUUAUAACUAAAUGUUUUUCUCUUUUUUUAUCGGCAAAAAUACUUGCAGUAGCAGGACCGUGUCGGAGAAAAUUCACAGGAAGUAAUACUGUCCUGAUUGACUGUUCACUGUAACUUCUUGCACUUGAAUUCAGUAGCUAGCUAGUAUUUGUGUUAGACUGCCGUCAGUUCCAGCUGUGUUGAGACAUGUCGGAGUCCGGUCACAGUCAACCUGGGAUGUACGGCCAGGGACGCAGGAGGAGGCGACGCCGCGGGGACAGGGAUGUUGGACCCCCGGGGCAAAAUCUGUCCGGCCCCAGUCGAGAUCGAGAAUACCAGCCGAGAGAGCGGAGGGAUGGGAGUGAGGACCCACCAGGUCCACUCAUUCAGAAGACCCCUAUUAUUCUGGCAAAACCCCCCGGAGAAAGGGCCAAGACAACACAGAAUACCACUGUCAGUGGAACUCCAGUCCUGGAAAAGCCUAUUAUGCUAAUGAAGGCCAGGGAUGACGGUGGGAAGCCUGGGACCCCUCCAGAGGCAGCACCUCAGCCCUCUGGUCCAGGACCCUCCAAGAUCGAGAGGGAAGGGCAGCGACCCACUCAGCCUGUAUACCAGAUCCAAAACCGGGGAAUGGGUGCUUCUGCAUCGAGCAGUGCCGUGGACCCCAUGGUUGGUCAAUCUAAACUCCUUCCUCCAGAGAAGAUGAAGCACAGUAUCAAGUUAGUAGAUGAUCAGAUGAAUUGGUGUGACAGUGCCAUGGAGUAUCUAAGAGACCAGACAGAUAUGCUGGUGGUAGGAGUCCUUGGCCUGCAGGGAAGUGGAAAAUCUACCAUAAUGUCACUGUUAUCUGCCAACACCACUGAGGAAGAUCAAAGGAGUUAUGUAUUUCGAGCCCAAACACAAGAAAUCAAGGAAAGAGGAGGAAACCAGAGCACAGGCAUUGAUUUCUUUAUCACACAGGAAAGAGUCAUCUUCUUGGAUACUCAGCCAAUGCUUAGUCCUUCAAUUCUCGACCACCUCAUCAACAACGACCGGAAGCUGCCUCCUGAGUACAACCUUCCUCACACAUAUGUUGAGAUGCAGUCUCUUCAGAUCGCUGCCUUCCUGUUUACAGUGUGUCAUGUAGUUAUCGUGGUUCAAGAUUGGUUUAGUGACUUAAACCUCUACAGGUUUCUUCAGACUGCUGAGAUGGUGAAGCCCUCCACUCCCUCUGCAAGCCACGAUAGCACUGGCUCAUCAGGAAAUGAGGACGGAGCCGAGUACUAUCCUCAUAUAGUGUUUGUCCAGAAUAAGGCAAGGCGGGAUGAUUUUUGCCCAAGAACCCUGAAGGAUAUGCACAUGGUGGUGGACAAACUCAUGGCACACUCUCAUCUGAAAUACAAAGGUACUUUGUCCAUGCUCGACUGCAAUAUCUUUCCUGGCCUGGGGCAGGAUUAUCUGGCAACUGAAGUGAAUAUGUUUCUACUCCCUGUGCAGGAGAACGAUGGGGAGGAUAGUCUAACCAAAGCAGGGUCGGGAACAUACCCCCUCUUCUCUCUGCUUCCGGGGUACAGAGGUCACCCAUCUUUCUCUACGAUGGUGUCCAAGCUCCGCAGCCAAAUACUGGCCAUGCCUCGCUGUCAGCUGUCACACACCAUCCUCACUGAGAAGAAUUGGUUUCACUACGCAGCUCGUAUCUGGGACGGUGUGAAAAAGUCAUCUGCUCUUUCUGAAUACAGUCGCCUGCUCUGCUAAACACGUUUUUUAUUUGCUAUCAAAUAGCAGCGGGAUUUUUUUUAUAUUAAAACGGGUCACAUAAAAAACAUUGUUGCUCCUGAAAACUGGAGACUUUCACAAAAGACAGUUGUGAAACCGACACCUCAUUCAGUGGUGAAGAGUUACGUAUAAUUUUUCAGGUGAAGCACUUCUGAAAGACUCUUGGGAGUGUCAUGUUGGGAAGUUGUCUACCCAUUCACCGGAGGAAUUCCCACGCAGUUGACCCAUAACAGAGACAAGAGAGAAACAUGUUUUUCUGUUCAUGCAUAAGCAAGUUGUUUAUAUUAUGUGAUAUAACAGCAGUUUUGUACACAUACAUUCAGAGAUCAACACAGUCCUCUAGUUAUGUUUUCAUUAAAGAUUUAUUUAUUUAAAAAGAGGAUUUCCAAUUACUUGAUAGAAGGCAGGUCUUGUAAAAUCAUAAUUUGUGUUCAAGCACAGUACAAAUGGAUUAAAAAACCAUUGUUGCCCAGAACAAAAAGCCGCAUUGACUCAUAUUAAGAUAUAUCAAAAUAAUAAUUGUGACAUGACAUCCACAGGUGGGGAGCCUAAAUGAUUUAAGAAGUACUUUUUUUUUUAACUAGUUUUAUUGAUUAUCAAGGUCAAACAUUGAUCACAUACAAUCAUGAACACUCCUUGACAACAAAACUCAUUUAACAAUGUUAGUUACUGUACCAGUUUAUUUCCAAGUAGGAAAGGAAGAAA